UGAGGCCGUGCAGCUGUGGAGUGGCAGAGCUGUGUCUAGGAGCUGGCACCCAGAGUUGCCAUGGCAACCCCCCAUCCCCAGCCAUGUGUCCGGAGCUUCCUGAGAGAGGACACUAGGCCUCUCUCUGGACCCCCUGGGAUGCUUGGUGGAUAGUAGGUGUACACAGAGGCAAUGGCACCCCAUGCAUCACCCCAAGACCCCUGAGCCCUGAAUCCCUCUAGGGCAAGCACCCUGGGUGGGUUGUGGUGGCUUUGCUCCCUUUCCCAGCCUGGUCUCUCCUGCAGCCUGCGAAUGGCCCCAGUCCCCGCUGUGCUCAGCCCCUCCUCUCCAGCAGGACCUUAGCAACCCAGCCCUCAUUGGCUACGUGUAUCCUUGGAGACAAGACACCAAGAGCGCAAACAAAGGCCCGAGAACUGUGGGCAGAGUGUUUCCACCCUCCCUGCCAUGAGGGAUCUGUUCACCUUCCAGAACCAAGCCUGCUGGGAGGAACGCCUCAGGAAGGAGGCUGCUGCCCGAGCCGCCUGGAAGGUCAAGCAUGGCCACAAGUACCCCAGGGAGAGGUCCCUGCCCAGGAAGCGGCUCCAGCCGGCCCUCCUCCACUCAGCCCCGGGCGUGGGGUCCUUGCCCACCACCAGCCCCCCUGACAGAGGGACCGGAUUGCCAGAGACCCAGGGGGCCAGGGUCCAGCCGCCCGGGACAGUGGGAGUCCAGGAGGCCCAAAGAGCAACUCCGGAGCCCGCAGGCCAGACCAAACGAGGGAGCUUGGAAAUGAGGCGGGUGCCCUCGAGCACCCGGCAGCUGCUCUUCCAAGGCCUCUCCCACGACGGCCAAGGCCGGGCCCUGUACCUCCGGGAGCGGAACCGGCAGAAGCCAGCGGAGAAGUUUCGGUAUCCCGUCUUAUCCUCCUGGGAGUACGGCUGGCACUUGGGGGAUGCUGUGAAGAACACCAGGCUUUCAAUAUAUGCCAAGUGCCAGCCCAUCACGGAAACCUUUCACAGCAAAUGUGGCGUCUUCCAUUUUCCUCGGCGAACAGACCAGCUAAUGUGAACUCCGCAGGCUCCUUCCUUUGCCCUCGUCCAGCUGGACCCUGCGGAGGGGAGAUGCUGCGCCACCCGGCCUCCCUGUGCUGGCAGCCCGUCCCUGCUGGGCACCCCGGGACUCAGGGUGGCCCACCUGCUGCCUCCGUCUGCCCUGGGUGCC